GUUACGACCUCAACCCUGUACGAGUUCGAUAGAAGGGCACGAAAGACAAGCUUUGAGUCUGACACGCUAAUUCGGUUCACAUAUUUGUAUGCCGUCGCCGUCGCUCAAUUUCUUGGUUUCUUCUCUCUCUCUCCCCUCUAUAUACACAUCGAAAAUGCUCGGUAACUGUUGUGAAUGAGAAUGGCGAGUAAGCUUAUGCACGCGGUUUGGUAUGAGUCUUAUGGAGGAGGACCUGCUGGUUUAAAGCAUGUUGAAGUCCCUGUUCCUGCUCCUAAUAAAGAUGAGGUUUUGCUAAAACUAGAAGCAACAAGCUUAAAUCCAGUUGAAUGGAAGACUCAGAAAGGCAUGUUACGCCCUAUUUUUCCUCGCAAACUUCCUUUUAUACCUGCAACCGAUGUAGCAGGAGAGGUCAUGGAGGUUGGACUUGGUGUGAGAAGUUUCAAAGCUGGUGACAAAGUUGUGGCCAUGCUUCAUUACCUUAAUGGUGGUGGACUGGCCGAGUACGGAAUUGCCAAGGAGAACUUGACGGUUCCAAGGCCACCUGAAGUAUCAGCUGCCGAAGGUGCUGGUCUGCCUAUUGCUGCUCUUACGGCUCAUCAGGCCCUUACCCAAGCUGCUGGGGUCAAGCUUGAUGGAAGUGGCUCACAGAAAAAUAUUCUCAUUACAGCUGCUUCAGGAGGUGUCGGUCACUAUGCUGUUCAACUCGCAAAGCUUGGCAACACACAUGUGACAGCUACUUGUGGGGCACGCAACAUUGAUCUUGUGAAGAGCUUAGGAGCUGAUGAGGUUCUUGAUUACAAGACACCAGAUGGAGCGGUUCUGAAAAGCCCAUCAGGCCAGAAAUAUGAUGCAGUAAUUCACUGUGCCACGGGCAUCCCUUGGUCUACUUUCGAGCCUAAUCUGAGUGCAAAUGGGAAAGUAAUAGAUAUCACUCCUGGCGUCAGUGCCAUGUGGACUUUUGCUCUAAAGAAACUCACCUUCUCUAAGAAGCAGCUGGUGCCACUUCUUCUAAUUCCCAAAGGUAGAAACCUGGAGUAUCUUGUUAAGUUGGUCAGUGAAGGGAAGCUGAAGACGGUGGUUGACUCAAAACAUCCACUUAGCAAGGCUGAAGAUGCUUGGGCCAAGAGCAUUGAUGGUCAUGCUACUGGGAAAAUUAUCGUCGAGCCCUGAUGAGUACAACUUCUCCCAAUACACAAUUAAUGUCGUUUCAUUAACUUAUCAUCAUGGUAAUUUGUUUGCAUGUAUUUUCAAUGGUGGUUCUGUGUGAACUGUGUGGAUUAAAGCAAGUUCAUUUGAAUGACAGAAGCCUUUUACAGGAAUAAUUGGCUGGCCUUGUAUAGCAGUGUUGAUGAACAAUUAUGUUGAUAUGGUAAGUUUGGUUGUGGACAUUUUGGUAAGUUUGGUUAAUGGGUGCCUCAUGACUGCAUUCGAGAUAUGGGAAAGGCUUACAUAGAAUAAAUGAGAUGGAAUUUUUUUUGGGCUGGAUUUAUAUC